AUGUACAACAACAAGCCGGACCAUCACAACCAAUUAACUACCCACAACCAAAUGGAGAGGCACAAGAAAAUAGACGACAACCACCACAUGGACAACCACUACAAGCAGGACCAUCACAACCAAUUAACUACCCACAACCAAAUGGAGAGUCACAAGAAAAUAGACCACAACCACCACAUGGACAACCACAACAAUCAGGACCAUCACAACCAAUUAACUACCCACAACCAAAUGGAGAGGCACAAGAAAAUAGACCACCACUAUAUCAUGGACAACCACAACCAGCAGGACCAUCACAACCAAAUAACUACCCACAACCCAAUGGAGUAA